GAGCUCGCUCCAAAUGGCCUCAGACCUCGGCGAAAUGAUGUAAGACAUCCCCCAAGGGUUCCAUCUCCACCGUCAAGCUCCAACAGCUCUUGUGAUUGGCUGGAACUCUAAACCUCAUCCCACCCGUUCGUUAUCCCCAGCUCAGCCCAGCCGUGUCUGCUUUCUUUGAAGCCGAACUGCGCCGCAUCUUCAAUCUCGCCAUUCGAAAUCCGCGGGAACGUCAGGAGCUUGAGUUCGGCCAUCUAUCGAAGCUCCUCUCUCCCUCCCUCUCUUCGUGGUUCAUCUGCCGGAGGGCACCGCACCCUCAGGAAAGCAACACCGAAAACCAUCCUCGAUAUCCUCGCCGCCUCUCAUAACCCUCACACAUCGCAUCUCGACCCCCGAUUCCCGACCCCGGCCCCGACCCCGACCCCGAAGCCAACCUCGAUCCCAAGCCACCUCACGCUUUCCGCUCGUCAGAGCAGGCAUCUCUCGAAAAUGAGGUCCACAGCAACAAUACUCCAACAGUCAAUGCUGUCCCGCGUAGUCUCAGAGUACUCCCGCGAAGCAAAGCCCACCGCCGCCUCCAAAGCCGCCAAAGCUCCCCCAAGCGCCGUCCGCAAUUGGCCCCUAUACUCUGACAAACCGCAACGCGCCAACACAAUCUCGCUCAGUCCGCGAGAACUCUAUAAGCGCAUUGGGAAAUGCCUCGCCUUUGGCUGCGAUCCAGACCAGACCCAACGCGCGGCCAGCCUCCUGAGGACCAUUAACAACGACUGGCGUAAUCUCCACGCAGUCUCCCAGGGCUUCUACGACCCCAAGAACUCGGCAUACACUAUCCGACUACGAGAUGGCGAGCCGAGUCAUCGUCCAUGGCUGGGUAUAUCUCAAGUGUCUACCUUGACACAAGUCGCCGAGCAGUCAAUCGCCCGUUUUCUUGACCGCGUUCUCGAGACAGCAGAUCCCCAAGAUAGACUAGAGUGGGAGCGUCUUCGCGACAACCAAACCAGGAACGAGACACUGGCAACCAUACAAUGCCAACGCGGAUCGUCACCGCAAACCCGCACCUUCUCGGCACUCUUGCUCGAGCCGCAAGUUAUCAGCGCCUACGCAAGGCUACUGUCCACCGAUUACGAAGAAAGGUAUACCUUUUGUUUCAAGGUUGUGAUAUAUUCACACCAGCGCUUCGCCAAGAUAGCCGACCUGAAUAUGGAGCUGAAGACCUACACCCAUGACAAAAAACCGCUACCCUGGCUCAGCCGUGAACUGAAGCGGGUGGCUGACUUGACCAGCACCGACGCGGAGCGAAACGCCGCAUAUAUAGAUGCAAAAUAUAUCGGAAAUAUGGUCAGUAGUCUGGAAUUGGGUACAUGGAAAAGACCCGACGCCAAGGAGGACUUUGGCAGCGCCGCGCCCUAGCGAGGUAUGGCUAUG